AUGUCUACCACCAAGAGCCCCAGCAUCGACGCUGUGCGCGAUCGCUUCCGUCAAUUCUGGUCCCGCAACAGCGACACAAUAUCUCGUUACAGAGACUCUCCCGAAGAAGCAGAUGUCUCAAAUGAAGGCGAAAUCGAAGUUCCGCCCACCCCAGCUGAAAGUUUUACUUCCGAAGAUGGAUUACUUCCUCCCGCCUACAUGAUUCCGAAACCAUGGACACGGAAACGUUCCUUCAUCAUGUGUGGCGCCGUUUGGAUGGCCAUGCUCUUGAUAUUUGUUCUCCUAAACCUGGUCCUACUCAUAGCUCGCGAGGUCUGGGACACAACAUCCGAGCAGUUUGAAAGCGCGAGCAUCGUCGAACCAAUUCCAUGCCACUCUCACAACGAUUAUUGGAGGAAAAGGCCUAUCUAUGACGCUCUCCAAGCAGGAUGCAUUGGCAUCGAAGCAGACGUGUGGCUCUUUGACAAUGAGCUAUUUGUUGGCCACAAUAAGUGGUCCUUGCGCCAAAGGAACACCUUCACAAGCCUUUAUGUCAACCCUCUCGUCCGUCUGCUUGAAGAACGGAAUGCGGACAUAGAAAAUAUCACACAACAAUCACCGCGAGGGAUAUACGAGUCAAGCCCAAAUCAAACUAUGGUCCUCCUCGUGGAUUUGAAGACGAGUGGUCCCGAGACCUGGCCGGAGGUAGUGCGUCAGCUGGAGCCCUUGCGCCAGCGAGGCUGGCUGAGCAAGGUCGUUGAUGGCAGUGUUCAUUAUGGGCCUAUAACCGUCGUCGGAACUGGCAACACUCCUUUCGAUAUGGUCGUCGAAAACUCAACCUACAGAGACACCUUCUUUGACGCCCCCCUUCUCAGCCUAGACAAGCAUGCCUUCGACCUUACCAAUUCGUUCUACACGAGUGUAUCGUUCAAGAAGGCGCUCGGCACCGUUUGGUUUGGCGACCUAUCAAAGGGUCAGAUGACGAAGCUGAGAGCGCAGAUUAAGGAGGCACACUCUCGCGGCUUAAUGGUCCGGUACUGGGAUCUCCCAGCAUGGCCAAUCAGCAUCAGAAACCACAUCUGGGACGUGCUAGUUCAAGAGGGCGUUGAUAUCCUGAACGUCGAUGACCUUAAAGGCGCCAGAAGAGAGUGGGAUCUUAAGGGGUGGAAACGGCUAACCGGCAACUCCACAAUACCAGCCUAG